AUGUCGACGGAGGUCUUCAAUCCGAAGCAGCGGCAGUGGAGUCAAGUGAACAGCAUUUGACACGUAUUAUUGACUUAUUUCACUCCUAAAAUGCCGUAUGCCAACCAGCCGACCGUGAAAAUUACAGAAUUGACAGACGAGAAUGUGAAGUUUGUCAUCGAAAACACUGAUUUGGCGGUUGCAAACUCUCUUCGUCGUGUCUUCAUGUCAGAGGUUCCAACAAUAGCUAUUGACUGGAUCCAGAUUGAUGCUAAUUCAUCAGUUCUCCAUGAUGAGUUUAUCGCACACAGAGUCGGUCUCAUUCCUCUCACUAGUGACGACAUCGUGGACAAAAUGCAGUAUUCAAGGGACUGUACCUGUGAUGAUUUCUGUCCUGAGUGUUCCGUGGAGUUGACCCUGGACGUCCGAUGCACUGAGGACCAGACACGACACGUCACCUCACGGGACCUGCUGUCCAACAACCCCCGAGUCAUCCCAGUGACCUCCAGGAGUCGGGACAAUGACCCUAAUGACUACGUAGAGCAGGAUGACAUUUUACUGGUCAAACUCCGUAAAGGUCAGGAACUGCGACUCAGGGCGUACGCCAAGAAAGGCUUCGGUAAAGAACACGCCAAAUGGAACCCGACGGCGGGGGUGUCGUUCGAGUACGACCCCGACAACGCACUGAGACACACUGUUUACCCCCGACCUGAGGAGUGGCCCAAGAGCGAAUACUCAGAAAUAGAAGAGGAUGAGGUUCAGGCCCCGUACGAUCCCAACGGAAAACCAGAAAGGUUCUAUUAUAACGUGGAGUCUUGUGGGUCUCUGCGACCUGAAACUAUCGUCAUGUCGGCGCUGGCUGUUCUGAAGAAGAAGCUGAGUGACCUUCAGACUCAGCUGAGCCAUGAAAUCCAGAGCGACGUCCUCACCAUCAACUAAAGGACCAGUGAACCUCCUGAAUACUGACUCUGGAUCAGUACGUCCACAAAGACUGAUGAGUUUAUACAACCAGUCACACUGGUCUCAAAGGAUUCACUGUAAAGAGAAUUUUAAGGUUUUUUUUCAAACAGAAUCGCAAAUGUACAAUAAUUCCAAAAAUAAUAGAAAUAAAACAAAUGAUAGAUCUUUGAGAUAAAA